UUAUAGAAAUGCUGACAAAGAUUUCGAGUACCGUGUAGUCAAACAAUUAUGGCAUCGGUUGGCUAUAGGGAGAAUUUAUUUUUCAACCUUACAGAAGAGGAGAAGGAAGAGUUCACGUGUUCAAUAUGUUGUCACAUCUUACGGCAGCCCCAUGAGUGUCAAAAUGGUCACCAGUUUUGUCAUUUCUGCAUAACAAGAUGGAGUUACCAAGCUUCUCAUGGUUCCUGUCCAAUGUGCCGAGUGGAUGGACUUUACCGUGAGAAUGUCGAGUUAGAAGAUCGUAUAAACCAGAAAAUUGUACGAUGUGAAUGGAAAAAAUGUUUUUGGACUGGGCCGCUGGCGAACUUGGAAACACAUUUGCAUACUGUAUAUGUGGAAAGAAAUAGAAGAGAUGCAUAUCGUAGUCUGGGAAUGGAUACGAAUCGAUCUCGGCAAAGUGAACGGUCACGAAAAACUGAACAUUCAAUCACGAAACAAAACACCGCCCUGUCCCAAAAUAUUCAGAAACUCGAUUUACAAAGUCAUGCUAAGCUCGAAAAAAUAUACAAACGUAUCAUAGAAGAUGAAUGGCAAAAGUUGAAAAAAGGAGAACAUGUCAAGCGUCGUUUUAUGAAUUUAAAACGCCACAUUGAAGAGGAAGACAUGCGCAUGCUUCAUAGAAUCAAGGAAGUGGAGAUAAGGAAACUUAAAGAAAUAGAAAACAAUAAACGAAGAGUUAAAAGUCUAGAUUUAACCAAAGAAAAGUUCAGAGAGACUUCCCUAAGAAGAUCACUUCGAAAAGAUAAAGAAAUCAAAGAUGAAAAUAUUUCACAAAAAUAUCGUAUAGACAAUAUGCUGAAGAGAAGAAAAUCUGAAAAAGAAAAAAAUGAAAUAAAAUUUAAAGAGAUAGAAAGAGUAAAAUCGGAACGUAGUGAAAAUUUUCAACGUAGACUUGAAAGAGAAGAACGUGAAUGGAAAGAAAAACUAGAAGCUUUAUUGAAAAAGAUCAGAGAAACAGACAAAAAGAAAAACGAAGAAAUAAAAACUAUGCAAACAGAAAUACAAAGCGAAAGAAGUAAAGAUAAGGAGAAGGAAUAUAAACAAAAGAACAUUUCUUUUUUCAACGUUUACAGAAAAUGAAAAGCAUUGAACUUGGAAAGACGUUCUUUAUCUUUGACGAACUUCGUACUUUUAUUGAAUCUUAUUUAAUAUCAUUUCAUAACGUAAGUUAUUGAAAGGAAUGUCUUGUAAAAUAAUGAUAAGGAGAUAUUUUUGUAAACAGUAUUAAAUGUAGCGAUGUUGAUGGUCUGAUAUUCUACUGUUAGCUUUUUCUCAUUUGAAAAAAAAAAACUGCUACAGCAAUACGCCGUACACAUAUACGUGUUAAAGUAAAGAGCAUAGAUACAUCAAUGUAACGAUAUAACUAACCCGAAAAUGAACAUUAACAUUUCGAAUAGAAUCUUAGAUUUCAAAAAAUUUAGGGAGGUAAUUUUUUAUUCGAUUUUCUUGAAAUUUUUCCAUGUUUGAUAAACUGUUAUCUUCUAUCAUUUGUUACUAAAAUCAACUACUAAUGGUUGUCAAUAAAACGUUUGAUACAUGUA